CAGCUGACAAUAAGUGACCAUCUGCUCACUGCUGGGUAAAUUCCAGGAGAGAAAAAAAAGCAAGUUUUUGCUUUUUAACGCUUUGAUUUUAAUGAACGUGUUCCCCAGAAGGACACAAAGAAGUAGCUCAUUGAUACAGAGAAACAGACAUUUGMCUGCAGGCACAGUCUGGUUCCUUAUCAGGAAUCUGCUGUUACAGUGAGAACUACAAUCUGCAAAAGACAGAAAGUUUGUCUUUUCUUUUUUUUGACUGCAAAAAUUGCUUCGUAAUAAUUCCAAUGACCUAAUAUACUCGUUACCCAGUGUAAAGAGUAAAUUUUAAGUCUUUAAAAUCGUUUCAAGAGGGGCAGCAUUUGUCCGAAACAGUUGAGAAUAAAGGCAAACUAUUUUCAGAAUAACGUUGGCAAAUAUAGGAGAAAUGAUUGUCUCCACUUUUCACUCAGCACUUAUUAUUAAAAAAAACAUUUAAUUAAUAAAAAGCACUGUUUCAAAAUUGGCUUGGUGCAGUUUUGCUGAAGCUUAAAUUUAUUUUCAGAAAGCAAAUUAGUGAGGUGUGAAAGCAGGUGUUCAACGGCACUCAGUGCAAAACAUGGAAUGAAAUAUAAAAACAAUCCUGAACUAUAUUUGAAAGAGCUUACCCCUGAUUUCCAGAAAUAUUUUAGAAAUGUUUUGGAAUGCAGGUCCACCCUUAAUGUAAACAGAACAUUCUGAUGCAUUCGGUGUAAACCAUGGCCUACAUUAGACUGGCGGUGAUCUGUGUAGGUAAACAAACAUGAUUGAAAUAGAAUGAAACUCCUGCUAAACCCAGAAAAAGAAAAGCAACAGUUCAGACAUCUGUCAAAAAUAAAUAUCAGGGAUCAAGCAGGACAUCGGAGCAACAUAAAGACUGCUCUGCAUUCAAACAUGCAGCUUUGGUGAAACUGCUCCAUCAGUCAGUUUGACCUGUUUUUAGUCAUUUCAGCUGUUUUUGUAGGUAAACAAGCACAGCUGGUGGUCGGCAUAAAAUAAAAAUACAACUUUCCAGUCAAAACAUAAAUAAAUUAUUACUACAACUUUAACCAUAAAGCAUAAAAACAAACAUUGUUUUGUUCUAGAUUUAUUGAACUUAAACCUAAACUGCCUUUUUCAUGGCAUCUAUAUUUUUUGCAAUGCAACCAUUCUGUUUCUAAAAUAUUUUGCCUUUCUUCUCUGUGUCAGAUUAUCUUGAAAAAUGCAUCUCUUUGGAAAAUGACCUGUACUGUAAUGUAAACUGAGCUAAUGCGCUUUGAUUAACUCGUUGAAUUCACUUGUAUUUAUUGUUGGAGACAAACAGCGGCUGUUUCUAUCUGAUGCCGAAACUGUAGAGAAAUGAAGAAAUUUGCACAGAAGUUAUGAGGAUCAGGUUAAUUCUAGUAAAUAUUCAAAACUGAACAUUCCGGUGGAAAAUAUUCUAAAGAAGAAAAAUGUUGUGAAGAGUCUGUAUCGGAAUAAUGAAGCUCUUUGUUUGAAAAUUAGCUGAAAACUGAAGCUGUAGUCGUGUUUUUGCGUCCAGACGCUCGGCGUUAAGCUGCUUUAAGUCCAAUCACAGCCGGCCAGGAAUGUGAAAAACCAGCUGGAUCGUAUUGUUUGAUUCUACGGUGCUCGUUUUAGUUAGUCUGGUUUUAUGCUGCGUGAAGUGUCUCUUUAGGCAAACGGAGGUUAUGAAAUAUUUGACAUGUUGAUGUGAAGCAAUCCUGCAGCUUUAAAUGAACUUUUUUUGCACAUUCCCAUUGCUGUCGUGGAAGGUUGCUGCUCAGAUCCUGACCGGCUGAACUCCAGCUGAUGCUUUGAGAAAUGGUUGCAGAUGUCCUCCUGACCAGCAGAGGUCUCUGUUUGCAAAGAUUUGGUUUCUCUCAGGCACAGAUUGACURACGGAUGCUUUUGAGUAUUUAAACGCGUGAGAUUUUUUUGACAUUUAGAUUUUUUUACUCUGCUGUCAUUAGGUUUCCAUGUUUGCUGUGCACGCAGUUGUCACCUUCAGGUUUAUGGGAUGACUUAACUGACAACCAAUUUCCUGUUUGUGAGGGUUUAAUGUCCUCAACACGAGCAGGAAGCACUGACACACGUUGUACCUUCUGGUCCACUUGUUUCUCAUAAUAAAAAAAACAUCAUUGACAGUUUGGGAUUUUUGUUUUUCUUAGAGACUUCCAGUUUUUCUAGGUUUUAUCUUCACUUUGGGGAACGUUCAAGWGUGCGAAACCCAAACAUGUUCUCAGACGUGUUGUGAAAUCACUUCUCCACCUGCGUCCAGCCACACUGCAAGGUUUUCUGMGUAAACAACCACCUCUUGCCUAUUUGUAUCCCUGCAUUUUCUUGAAGUGAGGAAUGUGAGUGCGUUCGGGGUGGUGAUGAUGAUGAUGGUCGUGGUUCCCUUGAGGAUGAGCUUUUUCAGCCAACUCGAUGAUUCUCUCUCCUUUUUUUCUUUUUUUUGGUUGUUUUUCUCCACCUCUUUCCUCCAGCCCCCCUUCAGCAGUCCUCUUUCCCUUUAUAACUCCCGUCCGCUUGGAGUUUGUCAAACUUACAGGGUCUGUGUGUGGAUGCAAAUCUUUGGACGCCCCCACCCCGCGCUGCGAGGAAUACCCGUGGAUGCCGGCAGUUUCAUCGGAGCGGGGUGAUGUGGUGUCUUAUGGAACGCCCAAGUUUCGAUUCUAAUUGUUCCCGCAGUUUGUAAACAGGAGAUGCGAGGACGAGUGUGAUGGGUCGGAGAGCACAGCGUGAAGAUUGAGCUCUCCCUGAGGUUGACCUAAACCGUGAAUUAGUGGCGAGCACCAACUAACCGCCUCCAGAUGUGUGAGAGCUCCGCCUGACUACAAUAAACAUCGCCCUCUUCACACUUCAGCGUUUACUCUUUGCUCUUUUGGCAGUGCCCAAGUUAAUGCUUAAUCCAGGCUAUUGCUCAGACCAAGCCCUGUUUAAGAGGGAAGGGUAACGUGGAUGUCUGCAGAUCGCAGGCAGAUUCUCCCCGAGGAUCAUCUCCAAGAAGAGGAGCCUUCAGGGCCAACCACAGGAAGCUGCCACCAUGCCCAACAAAGCCGGCUUGUCCAAAGGCUUGGCCGUCGUCUUCGGCAUCCUGACGGUCUCCGCCAUCGCCGGCAUGAUCUCCAUGAUAAUCGUGUUCGAGGUCGAGACCGCCGGCCUGAACAUGACGGCCCGUCCCACCAUAACCACCACCACCGUGAACCCGCCGGUGAACAUGAGGCUGCCCAGGAACCUGGUGCCCGAAAGCUACCGCAUCGAAAUCCAGCUCCACCUCUACACCAGGAUCGUGGAGGAGGUGAACGUCACGACCCCCAACCAGACGCUGCUCUUCACCGGGAACUCCACCGUCAGGUUUUACUGCGACCAAGCCACCAGUCACAUCUACCUCCACACCAGAGACCAGACGCUCGCUGACCCGCGCGUGACCAACGCGGACACGGGUGACAUCAUCGACGUCGCCGACAUGUCCGUGGAUUCUGAGAGUGACUUCUUGGUGAUCGAGCUAAAGGAGAGUUUAAAGACAGGAGGGAACUACAGUUUGUUUCUGUCAUUUCAGGGAAAUAUUUCAGAGAAUCUUCAAACACUGUAUGUGAGUCAGUAUACUGAAACUGACCUGUCUGUUGAAAAUAAAACGAUCGGAGAGAGAUUCCUUGCAGCAACAAAUUUGGAGCCAACAAGCGCGAGAAGCUUGUUUCCUUGUUUUGAUGAGCCGGACAUGAAGGCCGAGUUUUUACUGAAACUCUAUCACAGGCGUGGCACGAARGCUCUGUCCAACGCGAAGGCAUUCAGGAAAAAUCAAAUUAUAGACGACGAAUGGGUUUUCACUGAAUUUGAACGGUCACCAAGGAUGUCGACCUACUUGUUUGUUUUCACGGUUUCCGAAUUCACGUCAACUGUUUCCCCAAUUAAUUCAAAAAUAGAAGUUUUUGCUCGUCCUGAAGCCACUGAAGCAGGCCAUACUAAAUAUGCCACUGAAAUUACCCCAAAGAUCCUGGACUUCUACGAAAAUCAUUUAGAUCUUAAAUAUGAUCAAAGGAACCUCUAUCAAAUUGCUCUCCCAGACCUGGACGCGGUGGCAAUGGAGAACUGGGGGUUGGUCACGUACCAGGAAGGAGUUUUGCUCUACGAGGAAGGGGUGUCAUCAUGGUUACAUAAGGAAGAAAUCGUUUCUACCAUUGCACAUGAGCUGGCUCACCAGUGGUUUGGAAAUAUGGUGACGAUGAAAUGGUGGAACGAUCUUUGGCUGAACGAGGGCUUCUCCUCCUACAUGUCGUACUUCGCUGUGGACAAGGCUGAGCCCACGUUCCACAUAAAAGAAAUAUUAAURAUGAGAGACCUCCACACAGCGUUCGAAGAAGAUGCUCUGAACUCAUCCCAUCCUCUCAGCGUUCCGCUUCAACAAAUCCAGACAUCGUCUCACAUCCUCGAGAUGUUUGAUGCCAUCACGUACUGCAAGGGGGCAAUGGUGCUGAGAAUGCUGGAACGCAUCGUGGGAGAAGAGUCUUUCAUCAAAGGAAUCAGAGCGUACCUCAAGGCCUUCAAAGGACGAAAUGCAGAACAGAACGACAUCUGGAACUUCAUAGAAUAUACGCGACGGGAGAAAGGUGUUUUCACCGUUAGCACUUUUAUGGAUGAAUGGACCACACAAACAGGCUAUCCUGUCGUCACCAUCAACACCACCAACGGACAAAUCGAACAGAAGCGUUUCCUGUACAACGAUUUCACUGAUCAUAAGUCAGAUCCUUUGUGGCUCAUCCCCAUCGAAUACAUGUCAAACAUUUCGAGACCGGAAUCCAUCUGGAUGUCAGAAAAAGGUCCAGUGAAAAUGGAGCAAUUUAUUGCCAAGAAAGGGGAGUGGAUCCUGGCUAACGUCAACUGCACCGGAUUCUACCGGGUCAAUUACAACCCAGAGAACUGGCAUCGCCUCCUGACUCAGCUGGAAACAGACCCAGAUCGUAUCCCACUGAUGAACAGAGGGCAGCUCAUUGACGAUGCUUUUAAUUUGGCGAGAGCCAAACAGGUCAACGUGACUCUGGCUCUGAAUUCAACCCGUUUCCUUCGUAACGAGACGGCGUACCUCCCCUGGGAGUCAGCGGUCAGGAACCUCGACUACUUCCUCCUCAUGUUUGACCGCUCUGAGGUGUACGGACUCAUGCAGGUGUACCUCCGGGAACAAGUGAGGGAACUUUAUAACUUCUUCAAGAACGACACGGACCUUUCCAUGGUCCCGGAGGAUCACUCCUUACAACACAACCAGAUCCUCGCCAUAGAUCUGGCCUGUUCCAACGGGCUCCUGGACUGCAUCGUGAUGGCGUCGUCCAAGUUUGCCAGCUGGAUGAAAAAGAACAGCACCGUACCCAACAACAUCCACACCAAUCUGCGCUCCGUGAUUUACUGCCAAGCCGUGGCCGCUGGAGGGAAGAAAGAGUGGGAGUUCGCCUGGGAGAAGUUCCUAAUCUCCACCGACACGUCGGAGAAGGAGCAGCUGCGAAAAGCUCUGUCCUGCUCCAAGAAGACCUGGCUGCUCAACAGAUACCUGGAGUACACUUUGGACCCGAAGAAGAUACGUCUGAUGGAUGUCGCCUCUACCAUUAACUACGUAGCUCAGAACGCUGCUGGACAAGCYCUGGCCUGGAACUUCAUCAGAGCGCACUGGGAGUACGUCAGUCAGGGUGAUCCAGCUGCACUGUUAGAGGGAGUAACCAGCAGGUUUUCCACCAAGUUUGAACUCGAAGAGCUGUCCAACUUUGUGAGGAACUCAGAGACGGACGGUGCCUACAUGGCCGGGAAACGAGCCGUGGAGCAAACCCAGGUCAACAUCCAGUGGGUCAGCGAGAACAAAGACGUGGUCCUGCAGUGGUUCCUGACAGAAACUGCCGACAUGGAGUAACAGAUCUGUGCUUCUGACAAUCUGGGUCAUCAAAUGACUGAACAGUAAACCUGAUUUCACCAGAACUUUCAGGUUUCUGUGAGGUUCAGCUGGCAGCCAGCCUGAACCACCAAGUAUUGACUGUUUAUGUAAAUACUAAUGUGCAUUAUUUAUAGACUGUAAUCACUAAAAACAAACUUCACUUUGUUUAAUAAUGUUAAAUGUGCUGCUCAUAAUUGUAAGUUGUCUGUUUAAGAAAACAGUUUUAUUUCUCUUGUUGUUGCUGCCUGUGCAUCAAAUCGUUCCACAAACUGAACGUUUUCAUGGUUUAAACAUCCGUUUUCUUCCCUUCUCAUAAGAUGAAAUCAGUUUAAAAAUCAGUUUCAAAUCCUGCUGCUAAUCUUUAAACAUCUGUAAAAAAAAAUCUCUGCAUGUUUCCACAAACAACUUCAUGGUAAAGUUUUGUUAUUUAACAUAAUUUUCAUGAACUUAAUGUUAAAUCUAAUCAAAGAUCUCAAUCAUUGCUGCUGCUGCUGUACUGGAAAUGUUUGAAAGAAAACAUUGUUAAACAUCUCUUUUCUUUCUUUUCCUGAAACCUAAAAGUUAAAACGGAAAUAAUGUUUUCAUCUGUGUGUCUGUUAGCAAAAUAUCACAUUGAUGGAGUUUAAUGCAGAAAAUCAUUGAACAUCUGCAGCUUUAGAUCAAUUAAAACACAAAUCAGACUCUGGUUAUUCAUGGUGCAAAGUUUAGUUUUACAUCUGCUUUUAAAUCCAGUUCAGUUUGACUUCCAUCAGAUUGUUUUUUUAUUUUGCAGUGUUUCUUUGUUUACAUCCUGUUUUAUUGUACCUGUUGGUUUUUAUGUGAUUUUCUGAACAUAUUUGAUUUGUUUUUAACCAGAAUGUAAAGCACUUUGGCCAUACUUGUUGGUUUUAAAAGUGCUUUAGAAAUCAAAUUAACAGCUUAGAAAACAAAAAUGGGCACAAAUAAGUCGAUCUUACAGCUUUUGUACUAAUAAUUGCUGAUGCAUAAAGUUAUUUUUGAGGGUUUUCCAACGUAAUC